GCUUCUCCUGGGCGGCAGCUGCUGCCCACCCUGUGGGCGGAUGAUGCCUGGCGGGGCAGGGCUGAGCGGCUGCGGGUAGUUGGGUUCCCAUUGGCCGCGCGGCCGGCAGGGAGAGCCAGGGAGGAGAAGCUGCCAGGCGCAGGGAAGGCGUAUAGACACACACACACGCACGCCGAGAGAGAGGCAGCGGCUGCUCCGGCUGGCAUUGUUAUCAUUGUGCGAGCGGAGGGGUUUGUGCGCGGGGCCGCUCGGGGGAGGGGAGGAGUGAGAAAGUGCCGAGGAGAGAGUGUCGGUAGCGGAGCAUGCAGCAGAGCGGGAGCAGCGGCGGGGCUGCCGGUGCACAGUGGGCUGCCCGCUGCGAGGAGACCUGCCUGCCCUGAACUCAGCCGAGGAGGACGCGCUCCAGGAGCAGGGAAAGCAGCAAAGGAGCCGCUGAGGAGCCAGAGCCGGCAGCGGCACUACUCGUCCCCCCUGCCUUUUGUUUGCCCAUCCUCCUCCUCCUCCAUCUCCACCAGCCCAUCCCCUUCUCUCCCUGCACCAAGGACGGGGGGAAGCAGAGGAGCAGCCGCCUGACCCGGUGCCGAGUUUCACCCAGCCUCUGUCGCCUCCCCGCUGCACCCUGCACAGGAGCCAGCUAGAGCAGCCCCCGCAGUAGCGCCCCGGGCUCGGCGCCAGCCCAAGGGGGGGCAGACAGCGCCCGCAGCCGCCCCUGCUCCGCCGAUCCCCGCACUUGCUCGGCAUCCCGAGACCGCUGGUGGCCGCCGCCGCUCCCUCCCGCCACCCACCCCGCCUCCAUGUGCCGGAUAGCGGGAGCGCCGCCGCGGAGCCUGCUGCCGCCGCUGCUGCUGCUGCUGGCGGCCCUGCAGCAGGCACCAAUAAAAGCAACUUGUGAAGGCAUAUUAUGCAAGACUGGAUUUCCCGAAGACGUGUACAAUGCAGUCAUAUCAAGGGGUUUAAACGAAGGACAGCCUCUUCUCAAUGUGGGGUUUAGAAGCUGUGAUGAAAAGAGAAAAGUACAGUUUGAAAGCAGCGAGCCAGCAGAUUUUACAGUAGGUGAAGAUGGUGUGGUAUAUGCAGCAAGAAGCUUUCAGCUUUCUACAGAUCCCACAGAAUUCAUCAUAUACGCUCAAGACAAGGAAACCCAGCAACAGUGGCAAGUGGUGGUGAAGCUGAGCAUCAAGCCAACAUUUGCAGAGCAUUCAGAGAAGGACCAAAAGAAAAUUGAAGAAAUAGUAUUUCCACGGCAACACUUUAAGCCCAGCAGUCAUCUGCAGAGACAGAAGAGAGACUGGGUCAUCCCUCCAAUCAACUUACCAGAAAACUCCAGAGGGCCUUUUCCUCAGGAAUUAGUUAGGAUUAGGUCUGAUCGUGAUAAAAGUCUUUCACUGAGGUACAGUGUUACUGGACCAGGAGCUGACCAACCUCCAACUGGAAUCUUCAUCAUCAAUCCCAUCUCAGGUCAACUGUCAGUGACGAAACCUUUAGAUCGGGAGCAGAUAGCUUCAUUUCAUCUGAGAGCACAUGCAGUGGAUGUAAAUGGAAACCAGGUGGAGAAUCCUAUUGACAUUGUCAUUAAUGUUAUUGACAUGAAUGACAAUAGGCCUGAGUUCUUACACCAAGUCUGGAAUGGAACAGUGCCUGAAGGAUCAAAGCCAGGAACCUAUGUGAUGACUGUUACUGCUAUUGAUGCUGAUGAUCCUAAUGCACUGAAUGGGAUGCUGAGAUACAGAAUCUUGUCACAGGCCCCAAGCACCCCCUCACCGAACAUGUUUACAAUCAACAAUGAAACUGGUGACAUUAUCACAGUGGCAGCUGGACUUGAUAGAGAGAAAGUACAGCAGUAUACAUUAAUAAUUCAAGCUACGGACAUGGAAGGAAACCCAACAUAUGGUCUUUCAAACACAGCAACUGCUGUCAUCACAGUGACAGAUGUCAAUGACAAUCCUCCAGAGUUCACUGCUAUGACUUUCUAUGGCGAGGUACCUGAAAAUAGAGUGGACAUCAUAGUAGCUAAUCUAACUGUAACUGAUAAGGAUCAGCCACACACUCCUGCCUGGAACGCAGUGUACCGAAUGACUGGUGGAGAUCCUACAGGCCGAUUUACUAUUCUGACUGAUCCAAAUAGUAAUGAUGGGUUGGUAACUGUUGUGAAGCCAAUAGACUUUGAGACCAAUAGGAUGUUUGUACUUACUGUAGCUGCGGAAAAUCAAGUGCCUUUGGCCAAGGGAAUUCAGCAUCCUCCUCAGUCAACAGCAACUGUAUCCAUUACCGUCAUUGAUGUGAAUGAGAGUCCAUAUUUUGUCCCAAACCCUAAGCUUAUAAGGCAGGAGGAAGGGCUUCUUGCUGGUAACAUGUUAACUACUUUCACCGCUCAGGACCCAGAUCGUUACAUGCAGCAAACUGCUCUAAGGUACUCAAAGCUUUCAGAUCCUGCAAACUGGCUAAAAAUUGACCCAGUUAGUGGACAGAUAACUACAAUUGCAGUUUUGGAUAGAGAGUCACAGUAUGUGGAAAAUAACAUGUAUAAUGCGACUUUCCUUGCAUCUGACAAUGGAAUUCCUCCUAUGAGUGGGACUGGCACUCUUCAGAUAUAUUUGCUUGACAUUAAUGAUAAUGCACCCCAAGUGCAUCCUCAAGAGGCUACAACCUGUGAAACGCUACAGCCUAAUGCAACUAACAUCACAGCAACAGACCGUGAUAUUGAUCCGAAUGCAGGACCAUUUGCCUUUGAACUGCCAGAAACUCCUCCUAGUAUUAAGAGGAAUUGGACCAUCAUUCGUAUUAGUGGUGAUCAUGCCCAACUUUCGUUAAGGAUCAGGUUCCUUGAGGCUGGUAUCUAUGAUGUUCCUAUAAUAAUCACAGAUUCUGGAAAUCCUCCCAAGUCCAGCACAUCUGUUCUGAAGGUGAAGGUUUGCCAGUGUGACAUAAACGGAGACUGUACUGAUGUAGAUCGGAUUGUUGGUGCAGGACUGGGCACGGGUGCCAUCAUUGCAAUUCUGCUCUGUAUCAUCAUCUUGCUCAUUCUAGUUUUGAUGUUUGUAGUAUGGAUGAAACGCCGUGAUAAGGAGCGUCAGGCCAAACAACUGUUGAUCGAUCCAGAAGAUGACGUAAGGGACAAUAUUCUGAAAUAUGAUGAAGAAGGUGGUGGAGAAGAAGACCAGGACUAUGAUUUAAGCCAGCUUCAGCAACCCGAUACCAUAGAACCAGAUGCCAUCAAACCUGUGGGGAUCAGACGGCUUGAUGAAAGACCAAUCCAUGCAGAACCUCAGUACCCAGUCAGAUCAGCUGCUCCUCAUCCUGGGGAUAUCGGGGACUUCAUUAACGAGGGACUUAAAGCAGCUGACAAUGACCCUACAGCCCCACCAUAUGACUCCCUCCUAGUCUUUGACUAUGAAGGUAGUGGCUCCACUGCUGGAUCUUUGAGCUCUCUUAACUCCUCAAGUAGUGGUGGUGAGCAAGACUAUGACUACCUAAAUGACUGGGGCCCACGUUUCAAGAAACUUGCUGAUAUGUAUGGUGGAGGUGAUGACUGAACUUCAAAGUGAACUUUGUUUUUGGACAAGUACAAACAUUUCAACUGAUAUUCCCAAAAAGCAUACAGAAGCUAGGCUUUAACUUUGUAGUCUACUAGCACAAGUGCUUGCUGAAGGCUUUGGCAUAGGCUGCAAACCAAUUUGGGCUCAGUGGGAAUAUCAGUAAUCCAAUGCUGUUUGGAAAAAAAUAUUGAGCUCAGUUACACUUGAAUUUUACAGUACAGAAGCACUGGGAUUUUAUGUGCCUUUUUGUACCUUUUACAGAUCGGAAUUAGUUUUAUGUUUAAGGCUUUAAUGGUACUGAUUUCUGAAAUGAUGCAUUAAAGAGACAAAAUAUGUUGGGGUGGGGAGGAGUAAAUUAAAUCACAGUAUGCUUCAACAUGUUUUUGUUACAUUGCAUUGCUUUUAUUAAAAUAAGGAAAUUUUAAAAACAAACAAAAAAAAACCCCUCAUGGAGCCAUUUUAUUAUCUGGGGGAGAUGACCAUGAGAUUGAAAAAUGUACAUUACUUCUAGUUUUAGAUGUUAGGGUUUUUUUCACUAAAAUUCUAAAACUUAUGCAGCUGGUUGCAAAUAAAGGGAGUUUUCAUAUCACCAGUUUGUAGCAGAAUUGAUUUUUUUUCCUUAUGGUAGAAUGUUAGGCACAUUUUGGUCUUAAUCCAUGUACACUUUUUUUUAAAUUUCUGGUACUGUUUUUUUUUCCACUUCACUGUAAAAAUGGUAUGUGUACAUAAUGUUUUAUUGGCAUAGUCUAUUGGGAAGUGCAGAAACUUCAGAACAUGUGUAUGUAUUAUUUGGACUAUGGAUUCAGGUUUUUGCAUGUUUAUAUCUUUCGUUAUGGAUAAAGUAUUUACAAAACAGGUUGCAAACAAGUGACAUUGAUUCAAUUGUUGAACUGUAGUUAGAGUACUCAAAUUUAUUUUUUAUUUUUUAUUUUAAUUUUUUUGGUUUGGGGCGGGAGAAAAGUUCUUAGCACAAACGUUUUACAUAAUUUGUACCAAAAAGAAGACGGGGUGGCCUGAUACUGGUGGUAUUAGUAAAUACACAGUAUGUUGGAAAAAGGAGCUUUUGAACUGGAGAGACUUCUGACAACAGCUUUGCCUCUGUAUUGUGUACCAGAAUAUAAAUGAUACACCUCUGACCCCAACGUUCUGAAUAAAAUGCUAAUUUUGGA